CCGCCUGGGACCGCAGGGACCUGCGGAGGUGCCUGAGGCGAUCCUGGCCCCAGUCCAAGGGACCGGCGCAGCCCCAGGGCACUGGAGUCUUCGAGCAGCUGAGGCAAAGGGUGCUUGCUGGUGAGCCCUGAAAGGUGUCUGCAUGGGGGACGCCCUGGCCUUGGUGCUGUUGCUGCCGCUGCUGCUGCAGACUGCAGGCAGCAAGGAAAUAAUGUCCUGCGAGGUGUACUCGGGGCCUGUGAACUGGACCAGCCCGUUUCCGGACAAAUGCUUGAACUUUAGUGGCAAAAACCUGACCCAGCUUCCGAACCAGUCUCUGCAGGCUAGAGACUUGGAAUUCCUGUAUCUGUCUGGGAAUGGCCUUCGAGAACUCCUGUGGACCUCCUUCAGACAGCUGAAUAAGCUGAAGCUCCUGGAUGUGACAGACAACCCACUGGAAAAAAUGGAGCAUCAGUUGGCCACACACUGUGAGCUUCAACUGAAGGCAGACUGCAGCUGUGCCCUAGAAUCCUGGUACCAGCUACGGCAAGACAACUGCUCUGACCACCUGGAGUGCCUGGACAGAACAGGCUACACCUGGCACAAUUUCUCCACUUUCCCCUGCCCCCAUGGCCCGAGCACUAUGACCACUGUGGCACUGGCGGUGAGUGGAAGCCUGCUCCUUGUGCUUGCCAUUGCUGGCCCAGUCUUGGCCUGGGGACUCCGGGGGCGCCGGACAUCUAGUAAUCCAAUCCAGGGCAAAAUGUGGACUGCUCAGGACAGUCCCAAGCCUGGCUGGAAUCAGCAGCCUCGGUAUAGUAACCGGGGCUUCAGCCCGAAGCCUCCAGCAGCUGCCCUGCCCAGCCCCUCCUCACCUGACUAUGAGAAUAUGUUCCAGGGUCAGCCAACUGCCAGGCACAGGUCCCAUACUUCAGAGGACAGUGAAGUCUACAUGAACUACGAGGGUGGUGACCGGGACUCCCAGCCCGUCUACUGCAAUCUGCAGGCCCUGGGUCAGGCCCCACGGGGCCAGCCCCCGCCGGCCCAGACCUGCCUGGAUGAAGAGUAUGUGGUGCCCGGGCGCUGAGUCUGCAGCCUGCGGGUGGCCUGAGGCAGCCCUGCUCUUCCCUGGCCUCAUCUUCCCAUCCAAGGAAUGGCGCAAACCAGGGAGACCCGUCUUUGGUCCCCACUCUGCUCCUCAGUCCCCUGGCUGCGAGAAGAGGAAGAGCAGGGACCCUUAAAACAAGGACAGGAGGGCUGACACGGGGACCCUGUCAUCACCCUGCUGGUUGUGUGCAAAUGGCUCUCGGUAAAUAAAAACCAGGGGCUACUGGCUGCUGGCUCUAGAAAGGACCUCCUGAGCCGCCAAGACCAGAACUCUGAGACACCAAAUUGUUCCAGCCUUGUCCCUCCCAUCUGUACCUCACAGGUCCCCCUAAGCCCUCUCUAGGCUCAACCCCUGUGGCAGCCCAAGCUGGCCCUGGAAGACU